AGCGGAAUGGCGCGUCCUGGCGGGAUUUGCCGUCCCUGCGCUCCGCUUCCGGAAUUAUAAACCGGGGAUGAUAAUAAGAGCACCGACCUCCUACUUGUGAGCAUGAAGCGGGCUCGAGCUGGUUACGGACUUAGCAAAAGGAAUGGGAUAUAACGAGUCUAUUAAGUAUUGCCUAAUUAUUUUGGGGGCUUUUAGUAAUUGCUGAUUGAAUAGAAUCAGGCAUGCAUAAGGCGUGAUCUCAGAGUAGGUGAUAAGCAACCCGAGAAGGGCAGUAAGCAAACGAGAUGUCUUUUGAAAGUCUCCUACAGUAACAGGGUGUCCGUAAAAGUUUAAAAGAAGACUCGGGGAACGCCUAAGACUGGAAUACUACAUUUCCCAGAAAUCUCUAGGAGCCCACAACUCCCAAGCACCCCCUGGCCGCUGUCGGCUCCCGGAACAAGUGCACGUGCCGGCAGUCGGCGUACGUCAUGGCGGCCAGACGCCUCUUUGGGGCUACGUGGAGCUGGGCCCGCUGGCAGGCCCGGGAGCCCCCGGCCCCUGCCGAGCCUGGAACACUCCUCGUUCGGGGUUACGCUAAGAGACCGGUCAUGAAGGGGGGCAAAGGCGGCAAAGGCGGCGUGGCCAGCGAGGCCCUGAAGGACCCAGACGUGUGCACUGACCCUGUCCGCCUCACCACACACGCCAUGGGUGUCAACAUCUACAAGGACGGCCAGGACGUGGUCCUGAAGCCAGACGCCGAGUACCCCGAGUGGCUAUUCCAGAUGAACGUGGGGCCCCCCAAGAAGCUGGAGGAGCUGGACCCCGAGAGCCGGGAGUACUGGCGGCUGCUGCGCAAACAGAACAUCUGGCGUCACAACCGGCUGAGUCGGAGCCGGAGGUUCUAGCGGGAGGGGUCCGGCCGCCCAGAGCCCCCGGGGCCUCCCCCCGGCCCUGAAGGACGACCCAGACGCACGCCGCGUCCCCACCCGGACCCCGCACAGGACUUUAUUUUCCUCAAGAGAACAGAGUUUUCUGAGGAUAGAGGAGGCCCCUGACCUGGCGCCUGUGUGGUCCCCACGGGCCACCCCCCCCCCCCGCCCUGGCAGCCCUGGCUGCUGCUGGGUGCUGCGGGGGGCGUGGGCGGGGGGCGCCUCAGCCCCAUGGCUCCAGGGGCAGGAUUUCCUAGACACGUCCCUUCCUCCGGGUUGCAGGGAACGCGCGCCUCCAAACUAGCCGGACGUGAGUCUCUGAGCUUCAGAAACUCCGUCCAGGUGGGCUCGGCCUUCAGGCACGCUGCACUCGGGGGCUUCGGUGUCAAGACGUGCGGCCCUUUCUGGCUCUGGCCCCUGUAGCCCCAGGGGGUAGUUCUGCAGGGGGGCGGGGGCUCCAGGCCUCCCGGCUGACACCCCUGCCCAGUCAGCAAGCCCAGCCACAGGGAAGGCACUUCCUUUUCCUUCCCAUGAGCUCAUGGGUUCUCUGCGUGGGCCAGUCAAGCCCAGGGACCUAGGCCUCCCCUCCAUCCUCCUGUCCACCGCCUAGUACCUGGGUCUCAGCCUCCCCUGCGCCCACCCCACCGGGAAACGCACCCGGGAGUCUUUUUUUAUUUUUAUUUUUUUUUAGUUUACGAUAGUCACACAGAGAGAGAGAGAGAGGCAGAGACACAGGCAGAGGGAGAAGCAGGCUCCAUGCACCAGGAGCCCGACGUGGGACUCGAUCCCGGGUCUCCAGGAUCGCACCCUGAGCCAAAGGCAGGCGCUAAACCCCUGCGCCACCCAGGGAUCCCCCGGGAGUCUUAAUCUGGCAUCAUGAGCCCGACCCUGAGUGAGAACCCCAGCUCCCCGGUUCCUGACUCCUGGCCUGCGUGGCUGGGGGCAGGGGCCCAGGGUGAAGCCUGGGAGGGUAUGCGGUUGCAGGGGUGGCAGGAUGAGGGCGCCACCUGGGGGCUGGGCCAGGGCCCCUCCAGGCUCCUCUGCACCCUCUCAGCUCCCCGGGUGGGCGGGGCCGGGGGCUAAUUCUAGUCCCUGGAACCCAGGAGCCCUCAUCCUCUUAGGAAGACUCUGCCAAGCAGAUUAUCUGCCCUCCCUGGGGGCCUGCCCAGAGCAGGUGGAGGGUCCCAGUCCUCCUGUGGACCUCCAUGGCUCUCAGGGUAGAAACAAAGCUGUGGCGGCCACAAGGCCUUGCCAGACCUGCCUCCUGUCCCGUCCCGUCCCCCCCCCCCCCCACCGUGGGCACCUCGCUGGCUUUCCUUCAGCCACAGAGGCCUCCUGGUUGUUCCUCCCACACCCCAGGCCCGGUACUACCCCAGGGCUUUGGAUGUGCCAUUCCCUCUGCCCAGGUGGCUCUUCCCCAGGUGUUCUCUUGGCACCCUCUUUUACCUCCUCCGGUCCUCUGAUGUCACCUCCAAGAGGCCCCCAACCCCCCUGGUAAACUGCUCUCGUGCCAUACACUCUGGUUUGCCUCUUGUGGUCUUAUUUCCUCUCAACACUUAAACCAGCUGGUGUUUUA